GUUAGUUUAUUGGUUAGGUUUAUGGUUCAUGGUCAGAUAUUUAGUUGUGAUAUUUAGGGAAUCAGCAAAUGUCCUCAUUAAGAUGGAAGAACGAUUGUGUGUGUCACUGAACAUAAUGUUCUCAACAGGAAGUUUGAACAUUUCUGGGAAUCUGUGUGUAACAGUGUCUCUACAUGUAAACAAAGAAGAAACUUGCAGAGGUUCGGUUCCAUCAACAUUAAUGAGGACACAAGCAGCUUCUACCAUAGAAACUACACACUGGAGAGUGACACAACUCAGAAGACAAGGGACUCUGGUAGAGCAGAUAAAAGAGAGAGAGAUGCCAGAGGACAGACAAAGAGAGAGAGACAGUGAGAGAGAGAGAGACAGAGUGACAGACAGACACAGAGAGAGAGACAGAGUGACAGACAGACACAGAGAGAGAGAUAGUGAGAGAGAGAGAGACAGAGUGACAGACAGACACAGAGAGAGAGACAGAGUGACAGACAGACACAGAGAGAGAGAUAGUGAGAGAGAGAGAGACAGAGUGACAGACAGACACAGAGAGAGAGACAGAGUGACAGACAGACACAGAGAGUGACAGACAGACAGAGAGAGAGACAGAGAGAGAGACAGUGCGAGAGAGAGACAGAUAUAGAGACAGACAGACAGACAGGGACAGUGAGGUGAGAGGUGGAUGCAGAAAUGAAGACCUGGUUUCUCGACUUCUGGAGAGAGAGAGAAGAAGUUCUGAAAAGAACCAAUCAGCUGAGACUCCGCCCUCCACAGCUAAAGCGUCUGCUUGGAGACAGUUCUCUUCGAACAGAGCUGGAAAAUGGCAGGUUGGCCUCUCUGCUGCCCCCUGUUGGUACAGAGGUCUUCAGGAGCUUUACACCGGCCUCGCUGCAGGACAUCACAGGACGACAUGAAGCCAAGGAGACUGAGCGUCAGGAGAGGACAAACAAAGACGUACGAAAUGUAGAGAAAGAACUGCAGAAACAAGCCACUCACCUGGAGGCUGGGAAGCCCCUCCCUUGCAUCCUCGGAGACCCACCCCCUGAGCUUCUCAACUGCCCAUUGAAGGAGCUGGAUCCCUUCUACCAAUCAGAGAAGACGUUCAUCGUGCUCAGUGAAGGAAACGUCCUCCACAGGUUUAACGCUGAGUCAUCGUGUUUCCUGCUGAGUCCGUUCAGUUGUCUGAGGACCUUCGCCAUCAGGAUCCUGGUUCAUUCUUGGUUCCGUGUGUUCAUCAUGGUGACGAUUCUAACGAACUGUGCUGUGAUGAUGAUGAGUGAUCUUCCAACAUUGAGCAGAACAGCCGAAUUUGUGUUCUCAGCCGUCUACAUGUUUGAAGUCAUCAUAAAGAUCCUGUCGAGAGGAUUGUGUGUCGGACGCCUCACGUUCCUCAGAGAUCCGUGGAACUGGCUGGACUUAGUGGUCGUCAUCACAGCGUUUCUUCCAGAGUUUCUUGAUCUUGGGAAAUUCUCUGUUUUGAGGACGAUUCCUCGAGUUCUGAAAAUAAUCGCAGUUUACCCAGGUGUGAAGUCGUCUGCCGGAGCUCUCGUCCAAUCAGUGAAGAGACUGGGUGGUGUCAUCAUCAUGACGGUGUUGGUCAUCAGCGUCUUGGCUGUGAUUGGUCAGCACCUCUUCUUUGGAUCUCUGAGACAUAAAUGUGUCCUGAUGUUGUCGCAUAGCAACUGGACCUACAAUGACCUCAGCAGUUACCAUGACAACGGAACAGUUAGCAGCGACUUUGAUUUCUACAAGUUCAUCAACAGUCAUGAGAACCAGUUCUAUCUCUCUGGUCACCUCGAUCCUCCUCAGUGUGGAAACGGAUCCGGUUCCGGGGUCUGUCCCCAUGGUUACGUCUGUCUGAAGACGGACACGAAUCCAAAUCGUGGACGAACGAACUUCGACUCGUUUGGUUCGUCUCUGCUGAGUGUGUUCAGACUGAUGACACACGACACAUGGGACCACCUGCUAGAACAGAUGAUGCGCUCAGCAGGUCCGUUCUCUGUGAUCUUCGUGCUCUUCGUCUUCUUCGUUGGUUUCUUUCUCCUCAUCCUUGUCUUGGCCGGGGUUGCCAUGGCCUUGGUUGGACAGGAGAAGGCGGGCGUCACUGAGGCGAAACGGACAGAAGAAGAGUUCCUUCACAUCCUGGACGUCAUGAAGAAGAAGAAGGAGGAGGAGGAGGAGGAAGAGCCCCAGGACCAUCAGAGGUUGUCCCCUCCAUGUUGUGUGUCCGUGUGGACGUGGAACUGUUGUGGCUGCUGGCGGUGGAUCAAACUACGGAUCAACAGCUUCGUCAUGAACCCGUUCUUUGACCUGGUGAUCGUCAUCUUCCUCAUCCUCAACUGUGUCCUCAUGGCCAUGAAGCACUAUCCCAUGACGGAUGAGUUUGAAGGAUGGUUCUCCUUCACGUCAUUGGUCUUCACAGGGAUCUUCACAGUUGAGAUGCUCCUCAGGCUUGUGGCCGUUGAUCCAUACGGUUACUUCCGGGUGGGCUGGAACGUCUUUGACAGCCUCAUCGUGGUCCUCAGCCUGGUGGAGCUGGGGUUGGCUGACCAUGAAGGUGUGACAGGGGCAGAUCCAGACCUGAUGCGAGUGCUGAGACUGGCCCGGUGGUGGUCGACCUUCCACAUGUUGAUGAAGAUGAUCUGGACUUCGGUCUGGGCUCUGAGGAACCUGACUCUCAUUCUGCUGACCAUGGUCUUCAUCUUCACCAUUGUUGGCGUGCAGCUGUUCCAGCAGGACUACUCAGACCACGUCUGUCGCAUCGCGGCGGACUGCCGUCUCCCGCGCUGGCACAUGAACAACUUGUUCCAGGCAUUUGUUCUCAUCUUCAGGAUCCUCUGUGGAGAAUGGAUCGAGAGCAUGUUUGACUGCAUGGAGGUCUCUAGUCCGAGCGUGUGUUCGAUCUUCUUCAUAAUGGUUCUGGUCAUCGGACACCUGCUGGUCCUGAAUCUCUUCCUGGUCUUGUUGCUGAGUUUGGUUGGUGAAGAUCUGGUGACUCCAAAAGAAAAAAUCAAAAACAACCCGAUGAUCGCUGUAGACCAGAUCAAAACAGGUGUGGCAUGGACCCGGAACUGGAUACUGGAGCAUAUUUGGACUUUGGUAGGGAAGAAGAAUCCAAUAAUCCCACACCACAAAGUGGUCAACCGUAAAGAAGACAACAAGAAGGAUUACCUGGGCUUGACCUCUUUGACCUCUGUGACGUCAGACCAGCCCCUGUCAGAGAGCAGGGCCCUUGGCAGUAACCAUGGGUUAGGGUUCCCGGUCGCCGACACCGAGCUCGAACUCCACAUGCCUGAAAAAGAAGAGGAAGAACAAAACCAGGAUGAAGACAACAAGACUCCAAGAAACAACACACCUGAAGCCUGCUGCUGUGACAGUUGUUACCGUUGCUGUCCGUUCCUGGACAUGGACAUGUCCCAGGGUUCAGGGAGGGUCUGGUCUAACUUCAGGAGAGUCUGUUUCUCCAUCGCACAACACAAAUACUUUGACGCUUUCAUCAUCUUCAUCAUCUUGUUGAGCAGUGCAGCUCUGGUAUUGGAGGAUGUUCACCUGCAGCAGCGUCAGCUCGUACAGAUGCUUCUGGACAGAGCCGACCAGGUGUUCACCUUCAUCUUCCUCCUCGAGAUGCUUCUUAAGUGGAUCGCCCUCGGAUUCAGGAAGUACUUCACCAGUGUCUGGUGCUGGCUCGACUUCCUCAUCUUGGCCGUAUCUCUGAUGUCAUUGACCCUUGGCAUGCUGGGAUAUUCUGAACUGGGAGCAGGUCUGUCUCUGAGGACUCUGAGGGCACUGAGGCCCCUGAGGGCCCUGUCUCGCUUCCAGGGCCUGAGGCUGGUGUUGAACACCCUGGGGGCCACUUGUCCGUCCAUGUGUGAUGCGAUGCUGGUGUGGCUCCUCGUCUGGCAGAUCUUCAGCGUCUUGGGAGUAAAUCUGUUUGCUGGAAAGUUCUAUCACUGUUUCAAUGAGACAGAUUGGCAGUUUUUACCUGAAGAGGUGAACAACAAAUCUGACUGUUUGUUACUGAUUCACCAAAACUUCUCCGACGUCGGCUGGAAGAACACAAAGUUACACUUCGACAACAUGGCAGCAGGUUACUGGUCACUGCUGCAGGUGGCAACUUUUAAUGGAUGGUUAGAAGUUAUCUACUCAGCAGUGGAUGCCAGACAGAUCGAGUCUCAGCCGGUGUACGAGUCGAAUGUGUACAAGUACAUCUACUUCAUCAGUUUUAUCAUCAUCGGCUGCUUCUUCACCUCAAACCUCUUCAUCAGACUCUUCAUCAAAUCACUGGAUCAGCUGAGACACAAGUUUGGAGGGAAACAUCUUUUCAUGACGGACGAGCAGCAGAACUUUUCCAUCAGCGUGAAGAAACUGUUUUCUACGAAACGACCGAGUGUCCCUCGACCUCACAAUCAGUGCCAGGCUCGUCUCUUUGACCUGGUGACCCACCUGUCCUUCGAGGUCGUCAUGGUGCUGGUGAUCUGCCUGAACACGGUGACUCUGAUGGUGGAGACGGACGAGCAGAGCGAAGAGAAAGAAAGAAUUCUGUUCUACAUCCACUUUGUCCUCAUCAUCAUCUUCCUCACUGAGUUCCUCCUGAAGAUCAUCGCUCUCAGACAGCAAUACUACUGCGACUGCUUGAACGUCCUUGACUUCGUGCUCAUUUUCAUUUCCAUCGUGGGUCUUCUCAUCCCUGACAUAAUUGAGAAGUAUUUCAUCGACUCCAAGAUAUUGACUCUUCUGCGAUUGGCUCGUAUCACUCGGAUCAUCCAUCUAGUUCCCUAUACGCGGGGGAUCCGGAGAUUGUUUCUGGCCUUUGUGAUGUCACUUCCUGCCCUCUUCAACAUUUGCCUCCUCCUCUUCCUCCUCAUGUUCACCUUCUCUGUCUUCGGCAUGUUAAGCUUUGCUCAUGUGAAGAAGACAGCGAUGAUCAAUGACAUGUUUAACUUUGAGACAUUUUUGAACAGCAUGAUUUGUAUGUUCACGGUCACCACGAUGGCAGGAUGGGACUGGGUGCUGAGUCCCAUCCUAAACACGCCAAGGGACUGUGACCCGGACAGAGGUGACUGUGUCCACCCGACUGUGGGCAUCGUAUUCUUCACCUCCUACAUAACCCUGUCCCUCCUGUUGGUGGUCCUCCUGUACACGACUGUUAUCAUGGAGACCUUGAACAUGUACGACACAGAGACGACGAGUGACAAGGAUCUGCAAAUGUUUUAUAAAACCUGGAGAAGGUUUGACCCCGACUCCUCACAGAUCAUCCCCUACAGUCAGCUGUCGGACUUCUGCGACGCUCUGCAGGAUCCUCUGAGGAUUCCCAAACCAAACCGCAUCCAGCUGGUCCACAUGGACCUGCCUCUGCUGCCUGGGGACAAGAUUCACUGUGUGGACGUCUUGACUGCUCUCACAGCCAGGAUAUCGGGUGACGGAGGACAGACCGACACUCUCACAGCCCGAAUGGAGGAAAGGUUCACGAUCAACAACGUGUCCAAGAUGUCACAUGAACCAAUCAGCAGCACCCUGAAGAGGAAACAGGAAGAGGUGGCGGCGACAGUGAUCCAGAAAGCUUACAGGAAGCACCUCCUGAAGGACGGGGGUGCUGACGAGAUCACAGCAGAGCCUGCAGGGGGCGCUGCAGCUGUUUGAGAUGGAGCUUUACAGCGACUCUGACUACCUGACAGAUUGGAAGCUGAGGGAGUCGUCUCACGAUGUAAUGAUUCAUCUUUGUCCUGUUUCCUCCUUCCUACAUGUCUUCUUCAGGUCCUGGUUCAUGCUAACAUGUUCACAAUGACAAUGCUAACAUGUUAAUGCUAGUAAUGUGUUCACAGUGACAAUGCUUACGUUUUCAUGCUAACAUGUUCACAAACAAAUAAUUGCAACAUUGUUUUCUAAAAUAAAUUCUGUCACUUCCUGUUGUUCUAAUGAGAACUGAUUUAAUCAGUCACGUCACAAUACUAACGAUCGUCUACUGACCCACUCGAUUGUAACAGAUGCUGUUGUGAUGCUAACUUGAGGUAAAGCACAUUAAUACUUCACAUGUUUGAUAUUAACCUUUUAUAUAUUUUACAUUCUGUCCAAUAAAAACACUCAUUAUUUCAUUAAACAUUUUACUCUCAAAGCACAAA